AUGGAUCGCGAUGCAGGACUGAAGGAGAAUCUCCACCGGCAAAUUCGCGAAUACCAGGCAAAGGGCUACACGCACAAGGCUACGAAAGCGGAAAUGGAAGCAGCAGAUCCUAGAAGAGUGUGGUAUCUUCCGGUGGGAGCGGUGAUAAACCCCAAGAAGCCGGGGAAAGUCCGUAUCAUCUGGGACGCAGCGGCCAAGGUGGAUGGUAUAUUCCUGAACAGCACACUUCUUAAAGGCCCCGAUCAACUCUCUUCUCUUCCGGUCAUUCUUUUUUGCUUUCGGCUGUAUGGAGUACCACUUAGCUCGGAUAUCCAGGAAAUGUUUCACCAGAUCCGAAUCCGUGAAGAAGACAAGAGCUCCCAGCGUUUCUUGUGGCGUGGCAAACCGUCCGAAAAGCCAACCGUCUACUUGAUGGAUGUCGCCACAUUUGGCAGCACCUGUUCACCAGCUUCGGCACAAUUCGUAAAAAAUCGGAACGCUGAGCAACAUCGAGAGCUUUAUCCCGAAGCGGCGAAAGCGAUUGUCGACGACCACUACGUCGACGAUUAUCUGGCGAGUUUCAGUUCGGAAGAAGAGGCAGCAAAGAUAGCAAGCGAAGUACGAUACGUACACAAUAACGGGGGAUUCCAGCUACACAAUUGGCGGUCGAACAGUGCUACGGUACUAGAGCGUCUGGGUGAAGUGCAACCUGAAACAGACAAGCAGCUAAACCUGGUAGAUGCAGCGAAAUCCGAAAGGGUACUCGGAAUGCUGUGGAGCCCUUCAACCGAUGAACUGAGUUUUUCCACACAGAUGAGCGAAGAGGUGCAAACGCUGAUCCAUACAACGACACGGCCGACGAAGAGACAAAUAUUACGGUGCGUUAUGACCCUAUUCGAUCCGUUGGGGCUGCUCUCUCCGUUUAUCAUACACGGCAAGGUCCUUAUUCAAGACCUGUGGCGCGAAGGCACGGAGUGGGACGAGCAAAUGCUAUUUCCGUCAUGCCAACAAGAGGACGUACCGCAAUUCCGAGACGCUAGUGAGGCAGCAUACUCUUGUGCAGUCUACCUGCGUACAUUCGACAGAGUCGGAGAUCCGCAGUGCUGCCUAAUUGCAGGCAAAUCGAAGGUCGCCCCGCUGAAGCCGUGGUCGAUUCCCAGACUCGAACUGCAAGGGUGUGUCCUAGGUGUACGAUGGUCGAAAUUCGUCAGGGAAAACCACGAUGUCCCCGUCUCCGACAUAGUGUUUUGGACAGACUCCAGGACAGCACUGGCCUGGAUCAAGUCAGAUCCUAGAAAUUAUCGGCAAUUCGUGUCCUUCAGAGUAAGUGAGAUUCUGGAGCACACAACAGCAAGUCAGUGGCGAUGGGUGCCAUCAUCGUCCAACCCAGCGGAUGAAGCAACUAAAUGGGGCAGUGGACCUUACUUUCACCACGACAGCAAGUGGUUUCAGGGACCCGACUUUCUACGGCUUCCGGAACAUGAGUGGCCCCGCUCGAAAGAGUCAGUGACUGCUACUAGUGACGAAAUGCGUACGCCAGUUCUACAUCACUGUUCAUUUCAACCGGCGAUUGAUUUCGACAGGUUCUCAUCCUGGGAUCGCCUACAACGAGCAACAGCAUACGCUCUCCGAUUCAUACACAAUUCGGCCCAGAGGCGUACGAAAUAUACGGGACAACUGCAACAAGCAGAGCUACGGGCAGCAGAGGAAACCAUUUUUAGGUUGGCACAGCGGGAAUCAUAUCCAGAUGAGAUAGCAGCACUAUCGAACAAGGCGCCGAACGAGACCGGGCAGGAGGUCAUCGGGAAGCAUAGCUCCAUCUACCGACUGAUGCCAAUCUUGGAUAAACACGGCUUGUUACGAGAGCGCGGCAGGGUCGGCGCGGCAGAGGACGUCUGCUACGACGUGCGCCACCCCGUAAUCCUACCGAGAAAACACCGAGUAACGGAGCUUCUUGUACAUCGAUACCACCACCACCUCCGCCAUGGCAACGCAGAGACAGUUGUUAACGAACUUCGUCAGCGGUACACUAUCCCUAGACUCCGCGUGGUGGUCAAGCAAGUCAGCCGUAACUGCGCUUAUUGUAAGAUCCGUCGGGCUAGGCCGGCGAACCCACCAAUGGCACCACUUCCAGCUGCGCGCCUGGCACAUCAUGAACGAGCCUUCACGUAUACCGGGGUGGACUACUUCGGACCACUGUUGGUGAAGUUGGGAAGAUCCAACGUCAAACGAUGGAUCGCAUUGUUUACAUGCCUGACAGUGCGCGCCGUUCAUCUUGAAGUCGCUUAUACGUUAUCCACAGAGUCCUGCAUUUCCUGCGUCCGUCGAUUCGUGGGUCGGCGGGGACCACCCGCCGAAUUUUUCAGCGACAACGGAACAAAUUUCCAAGGUGCCGAUCGAGUGUUGCAGCACCAGAUAAGCCAGGGACUGUCAGCAACGUUCACCAGUACCAACACAAAGUGGAACUUCAUUCCGCCGGGAGCACCACAUAUGGGCGGGGCAUGGGAACGCUUAGUGCAGUCAGUGAAAGCAACGAUGGGCGAAGCGUACUCCGAGGAGAAGCUGGAUGACGAGGGGCUGCAGACACUGGUCGUGGAGGCGGAAAGUAUAGUCAACUCAAGGCCUCUGACGUACUUACCACUUGAAUCCGAGGAAGCAGAAGCACUCACUCCGAACCACUUUCUGUUGCUGAGUUCAAGUGGAGUGAAGCAUUCAAUAACCCAAACCGAAGAGGGCCCGCGAAGCGAGCUGGUUCGCCGAAAAAUUCUUGGGAGAUCCCACGAGCAAAUCCGCACCAAGCUUGACGCUUUCUGGAAACGCUGGUUGGUAGAAUACUUGCCGGUGAUCCGUCGACAACCAAAAUGGUUCGAUGACACCACAACGAUGAUCGCAGGAGACUUAGUGAUGGUCGCGGAACCCUUUAAGCGUAUUGGAUGGAAACGCGGACGAAUUGUACGUAUGAUUCCGAGUGCAGAUGGGCAGCAUCGACAAGCCGUCGUGAAGAUAGGACAGAAGAGUCUGCUGAGGCCGGUGACAAGGCUGGCGUUACUAGACUUGGAGGUGAAAUAUGAAGUUCCAGAAGGCUCCGGACUACACCCAGGGGAGACUGUUAACGUAGAAAUGGUGUACUGGUCACCCUGCUACCGUCGUUUCUAA